GUCAUAAUUUCAGAGACUCUUCACGAAAGAGAAAAUCAAGACUAAGAAACAAGAAGAGUAAGAAUCAGUAGUAGAACACGAUCAUGGCGACGAGAGCAAACGUACCUGAACAAGUCAGAGGUGCUCCUCUCGUUGAUGGUUUGAAGAUCCAGAACAAAAACGGUGCUGUGAAGAAUCGGCGUGCGCUCGGUGACAUCGGAAAUCUUGUUUCUGUUCCCGGAGUUCAAGGAGGAAAGCCUCAACCUCCGAUUAAUCGACCCAUUACUCGAAGUUUCCGUGCCCAGUUACUAGCGAAUGCCCAACUCGAAAGAAAGCCAAUCAAUGGAGACAACAAGGUUCCAGCUCUUGUUCCAAAGAGACAACCUCUUGCUGCAAGAAACCCAGAAGCUCAAAAGGCGGUUCAGAAGAGAAACCUAGUGGUUAAGCAACAGACCAAACCUGUUGAAGUGAUCGAGACGAAGAAGGAGGUGACUAAAAAGGAAGUAGCAAUGUCACCUAAGGACAAGAAAGUGACGUACUCGUCUGUUCUUAGUGCUCGGAGCAAAGCUGCUUGUGGUAUAGUCAACAAACCAAAGAUUCUUGAUAUUGAUGAAUCUGACAAAGAUAACCAUCUGGCUGCAGUGGAGUAUGUUGAUGAUAUGUACUCGUUCUAUAAAGAAGUUGAGAAGGAGAGUCAGCCUAAGAUGUACAUGCACAUUCAGACUGAAAUGAAUGAGAAGAUGAGAGCGAUCUUGAUUGAUUGGUUACUAGAAGUUCACAUCAAGUUUGAGCUUAACCUUGAAACUCUCUACCUCACUGUUAACAUCAUUGAUCGAUUCCUCUCUGUGAAAACUGUUCCCAAAAGAGAGUUACAGCUAGUGGGAAUCAGUGCCUUGCUUAUUGCUUCCAAAUAUGAAGAAAUCUGGCCACCUCAGGUUAACGAUUUGGUGUAUGUCACGGACAAUGCUUACAACAGCAGACAGAUUUUAGUGAUGGAGAAGACUAUUCUUGGAAACCUCGAAUGGUAUUUGACAGUCCCGACUCAAUACGUCUUCCUUGUCCGCUUCAUCAAAGCUUCUAUGUCUGACCCUGAAAUGGAGAAUAUGGUUCACUUCCUUGCUGAAUUGGGGAUGAUGCAUUACGAUACCUUGAUGUUCUGUCCCUCCAUGCUUGCUGCUUCAGCUGUUUACACUGCAAGAUGCUCAUUGAACAAGUCCCCUGCUUGGACUGAUACAUUGCAGUUCCACACCAGCUACACAGAAUCUGAGAUUAUGGAUUGCUCAAAGCUUUUAGCUUUUCUCCACUCGAGAUGCGGUGAGAGCAGGCUACGUGCAGUGUACAAGAAGUACUCAAAGGCUGAGAAUGGAGGUGUUGCUUUGGUUUCACCAGCCAAGUCCCUCUUGAGUGCUGCUGCUGACUGGAAGAAGCCUAGCACGACGGAGCAGCCGAGGAACAUCUCGGGAUCGAUGCAGAGCCCUAGAUCUCCGUCUUCACAGCCGUAUUUGUCAGUCUCCGUCACAGAUCCUGUCAAAUUAGGGAAUGGCGUACAAGCUUAUAUCUCGUACAGAGUUAUCACCAAGACCAACUUGCCGGAUUAUCAAGGACCUGAGAAGAUUGUUAUUAGACGAUACAGUGAUUUCGUCUGGUUACGGGAUCGGCUUUUUGAGAAAUACAAGGGCAUUUUCAUUCCUCCUCUUCCAGAGAAGAGUGCUGUAGAAAAAUUUCGCUUUAGUGCCGAAUUUAUUGAAAUGAGGCGAGCAGCAUUGGAUAUAUUUGUUAAUCGAAUAGCAUUACACCCUGAGCUCCAGCAUAGUGAAGAUCUUAGGACCUUUUUGCAAGCAGAUGAAGAGACAAUGGACAGAUUCAGGUUUCAGGAAACUGGUAUAUUCAAGAAGCCUGCAGAUCUUAUGCAAAUGUUUAGGGAUGUCCAGUCAAAAGUUAGUGAUGCUGUCCUUGGAAAGGAAAAACCUGUUGAAGAAACUACUGCUGACUACGAAAAGCUUAAGCAUUACAUUUUUGAGCUUGAGAACCACUUGGCUGAGGCUCAGAAGCAUGCAUAUCGCCUUGUCAAGAGGCAUAGAGAGUUGGGUCAAUCACUGUUGGAUUUUGGCAAGGCUGUAAAACUUCUUGGGGCUUGUGAGGGUGAACCUACAGGAAAAGCAUUUUCCGAUCUUGGAACUAAAUCUGAACUGUUAUCGAUUAAGCUCCAAAAAGAGGCUCAACAAGUCCUGAUGAACUUCGAGGAACCCUUGAAGGACUAUGUUCGUUAUGUGCAGUCGAUUAAGGCGAGUUCUCUUGCCUUUGCCUGUGGGAUUGAUAUUUCUUUCCUGGCAACAAUAGCAGAACGAGGCACUGCUUUCAAGCAACAUUGUGAAUUGGCAGAAACAACAAAGUUAAAAGAAAUAAAUCUUGACAAACUCAUGCUCACACGUUCAGACAAAGUAGGAGAAGCUGAGAUCGAAUACAGAGAGAUAAAAGCAGAAAGUGAAGAAGCUACGAGAAGAUUUGAGAGGAUAGUGAAGAGAAUGGAGGAGGAGAUAGUAAGGUUUCAAGAGCAGAAGACAGAAGAGAUGGGUGUCGCAUUCCAUCAGUUUGCGAAAGGACAAGCUCGCUUAGCAAACAACGGUAGCAACAACGGUCCUCCUCCCUCCGGUGACACCGUCCCAAAUAACUUCUGUAUCAUUGAGGGAUCAGAGACAGUUCAAGAUUUUGUGCAGAUGCAGCUUCAGGAAAUCCAAGAUAGCAUAAGGAGUAAACGCAAUAAGAUCUUUCUUCUCAUGGAGGAAGUCAGGAGGUUACGAGUUCAGCAACGUAUUAAGAGUGUUAAAGCCAUCAAUGAGGACAGUGAGCUCGAGGCGACCGAGAUGCCUGAGAUCACAUCUUCCAUUCCUUUUCUCACUAAUGUGACACCAAAGACUUUGAAACAACUCUAUUCGACCAGCGUUGCAUUGAUAUCGGGAAUAAUCUUCUUUGGUGGUCUCAUUGCACCUAAUCUGGAACUGAAGGUAGGACUUGGAGGAACCUCUUAUGAAGAUUUUAUACGGAGCUUGCAUCUUCCCUUGCAAUUAAGCCAGGUAGAUCCAAUUGUGGCAUCUUUUUCUGGCGGGGCCGUGGGAGUCAUUUCAACCUUGAUGCUAAUCGAAGUUAACAACGUUAAACAGCAAGAGAAGAAGAGGUGCAAGUACUGCCUUGGGACAGGAUAUUUGCCAUGUGCUCGAUGUUCAGCUAGUGGUGUGUGCUUAAGCAUUGAUCCCAUAACAAGACCUAGAGCUUCAAACCAGCUUAUGCAGGUCGCGACAACAAAAAGGUGUCUAAACUGUUCCGGCGCAGGAAAGGUGAUGUGUCCGACAUGUCUUUGCACCGGGAUGUCGUCUAGGAGAAAGACCAGAGAACCAAAGGAGGAAAAUGUCACUCUUGGACCAUCUGUUCGUGAGGGAGAGCAAGUUUUUGGAGUUGUUCAUGUCUUUGCUUCCUUUAAUGACACUUUCAUUCAUGUCACUGAUCUCUCUGGAAGAGAAACUCUCGUUCGUAUCACUGGUGGCAUGAAAGUAAAGGCUGAUCGUGAUGAGUCAUCUCCUUAUGCUGCUAUGCUUGCAGCUCAAGAUGUUGCUCAAAGAUGCAAGGAGCUUGGCAUCACAGCCAUUCAUGUGAAGCUCCGUGCCACUGGAGGAAACAAGACCAAGACUCCAGGUCCUGGUGCUCAGUCAGCUCUCCGAGCUCUUGCUCGUUCAGGCAUGAAGAUUGGUCGCAUAGAGGAUGUGACUCCAAUUCCAACAGAUAGUACCCGUAGAAAGGGUGGUAGAAGGGCACGACGUCUGUGAUUCUCUCACCAUUAUCUACCAUUCUCACAAUUCCGUUUAGUACUUGUACUACAUUCGCCAAAUCUUUCUGUAAGACUUUGCUUUUGAUCUGUGUAACGUUAGGAAGAAAUGGAUACAGAAUGAUGGUAAAGAAAAGUAGUUCUGUUUCUUCUUCUUUGCCUUGCUUUUUAUUUUCUGUUGCAGUAAUCUCUUACAAACGCUUUAAAGCACAAAUGAAUAUCAUCUAUAUAU